GCGAGGCGCGGCGCGGUCGCCCCGGAGAUGCCCUUGUGAGGCGGCCCGGGGGGCAGCGGCGGCAGGAGAGCGCUGCCUCGGAGCGGCCCCGCGGCGGGGCGGAGGAACGCGCCCCUCCUCCGGGCACCAUUAAGAGGAAGGCGAUGGAGGAGCUGAGCGCGGACGAGAUCCGGCGGAGGCGCCUGGCGCGGCUGGCGGGAGGCUCCUCGUCCCAGCCCACCACCCCGCUGACGUCCCCGCAGAGAGAGACCCCGCCGGGGCCGCCGGGCACAGCCCCAGCGCCGGGGCCCUCCCACAGCCUGGGCCUCAAUGUGCACAGCAUGACCCCAGCUACCUCUCCCAUCGGGGCAUCAGGAGUAGCCCACCGAAGCCAGAGCAGCGAAGGAGUGAGUUCCCUCAGCAGUUCUCCAUCAAACAGCCUUGAAACCCAAUCUCAGUCCCUCUCUCGGUCUCAGAGCAUGGACAUUGAUAGUGUCUCCUGUGAGAAAAGUAUGUCCCAGGUAGAUGUGGAUUCAGGAAUUGAGAACAUGGAGGUUGAUGAGAACGACCGCAGAGAGAAACGGAGUCUGACGGACAAGGAACCUCUGUCGGGGUCAGAAGUGUCGGAGGAACAAGCUCUACAGCUGGUCUGUAAGAUCUUUAGAGUCUCUUGGAAGGACCGAGACAGGGACGUUAUUUUCCUGAAUUCACUCUCUGCCCAGUUCAAGCAGAACCCAAAGGAAGUGUUUUCAGAUUUUAAGGACUUGAUCGGGCAGAUUUUGAUGGAAGUGCUGAUGAUGUCCACCCAGGCAAGGGAUGAGAACCCCUUUGCCAGCCUGACAGCCACCUCCCAACCCAUUGCUGCAGCUGCCCGCUCUCCUGACAGAAGCCUGAUCUUAAAUAUGGGCUCCAACCCUGGAAGCAGCCCCAUGUUCUGUAAUGUGGGCUCCUUUGGUUCCAGCUCGUUGUCCAGUCUCUAUGGGACUAGUCCAGCUCCUCCUACCAAUUUCACAAGCUAUGUACCAAUGACUGGUUCAUCUCUUACCCCACCAGCCAGUUCAGUUGCCACCCCAGCAGUGCCUCCCAUUUCUGUCAGCUCUCAGCUGCCAGCAGCCAGCCCCUCGUGGACGCAGCCUUCCUCUGCGCGGUACCGCCCCUACACCGUGGCCCAUUCCGGAGGCUCUGCCGCCGCUGCCAUCCCGCGCUCCUUGAGCAUUUCCAUCCCAUCUAGUUCUCCAAGUCCUCCAGCCCUGGCUGCUGGCCCUCCAGCCAUGCCAGUCAUCACAUCCAGACACAGGCCCACAGCCAUGGCUCCGCCUUUGUUUACUGCUUCACCCGGUGCCUUGCGCAGGCGUCCUUCCUUACAGAGCAGGAUUCCUCCUAGUGUGGGAGGCUCUGGCAGCUCGAGUGUUUCCGAUUCCUGCAGUGACCACUUCACCAUUGAAAAUUGUAAGGAGACAGAGAUGCUGAACUACCUCAUUGAGUGUUUUGACAGGGUUGGAAUAGAGGAGAGAAAAGCACCAAAGAUGUGUAGCCAGCCAACAGUUAGCCAGUUACUGAGCAACAUCAGAUCCCAGUGCAUUUCACACGCUGCUUUGGUGCUACAGGGAUCCUUGACACAACCAAGGUCAUUGCAGCAGCAGUCUCUGCUGGUACCAUAUAUGCUGUGUAGGAAUCUCCCAUUUGGCUUCAUUCAAGAGUUGGUGAGAACAACUUACCAGGAUGAAGAGGUGUUCAAACAGAUCUUUAUUCCCAUCUUACAAGGCCUGGCUGUGGCUUCCAAAGAGUGCUCCCUCGAUAGUGACAAUUUCAAAUAUCCCCUUAUGGCACUAUGCGAACUUUGUGAAAUCAAGUUUGGGAAAACGCAUCCCAUGUGCAGUUUGGUUGUCUCUUUGCCCUUGUGGUUGCCUAAAUCUUUAAGCCCAGGUGCAGGAAGAGAACUGCAAAGACUUUCCUACCUUGGAGCCUUCUUCAGUCUGUCUGUCUUUGCUGAAGAUGAUAACAAAGUAGUUGAAAAGUACUUCUCAGGGCCUGCCAUUACUCUUGAGAACACCCGGGUUGUUAGCCAGUCCUUGCAACAUUACCUGGAAUUAGCAAGGCAAGAGCUGUUCAAGAUCCUGCACAGUAUCCUGCUGAACGGGGACACCCGGGAGGCGGCUCUCGGCUACAUGGCAGCUGUGGUCAAUGCCAACAUGAAAAAGGCCCAAAUGCAGACAGACGAUCGUUUGGUGUCCACGGAUGGCUUCAUGCUCAACUUCCUCUGGGUACUACAGCAACUGAGUACGAAGAUAAAGCUGGAAACGGUUGAUCCCAUGUACAUAUUCCACCCCAGGUGUCGAAUCGAGCUUCCCACAGAUGAGACAAGAGUGAAAGCAACAAUGGAGGAGGUUGCAGCCUGGAUUGCUGAACUUUACAGGGAUCCGUCUCCAUUUUCUGAGCCGAAAUUCCCAACGGAAUGUUUCUUCCUCACCCUGCACGCCCACCACCUGUCCAUCCUGCCCAGCUGCCGCCGGUACAUCCGCAGGCUGCGCGCCAUCAGGGAGCUCAACAGGACUGUUGAAGAUUUGAAAAACAAUGAAAGUCAGUGGAAGGAUUCUCCUCUGGCCACCAGGCAUCGAGAGAUGCUGAAACGGUGCAAGACACAGCUCAAGAAACUGGUGAGGUGUAAGGCUUGUGCAGAUGCUGGUUUGCUGGAUGAAAACUUCCUCAGGAGAUGCCUGAAUUUCUAUGGCAUGGUGAUUCAGCUGAUGCUUCGCAUUCUUGACCCUGCCUAUCCCAACAUAAAAUUGCCUUUAACUCCUGAGGUUCCGAAAGUAUUUGCAUCAUUGCCAGAGUUUUAUGUGGAAGAUGUUGCUGAAUUUUUAUUUUUUAUUGUACAAUAUGCUCCUCAGGUGCUGUAUGAGCCCUGUACUCAGGACAUAGUGAUGUUCCUUGUUGUGAUGCUGUGCAACCAGAACUACAUCCGAAAUCCUUAUUUAGUAGCCAAGCUGGUGGAAGUGAUGUUCAUGACAAAUCCAGCUGUUCAGCCCCGGACACAGAAGUUCUUUGAAAUGAUUGAGAAUCACCCUCUCUCCACUAAAUUGUUAGUGCCCUCCUUGAUGAAGUUUUACACAGAUGUGGAACAUACUGGAGCCACUAGCGAGUUCUAUGACAAGUUUACAAUCCGCUACCACAUCAGCACCAUUUUCAAAAGCCUCUGGCAGAAUAUCGCUCACCAUGGUACAUUUAUGGAAGAGUUCAACUCUGGGAAGCAGUUUGUUCGCUACAUCAACAUGCUGAUAAAUGACACAACUUUCUUGCUGGAUGAGAGUCUGGAGUCCCUAAAACGUAUCCAUGAAGUGCAAGAGGAGAUGAAGAAUAAAGAGCAAUGGGACCUGCUGCCCAGGGAUCAGCAGCAGGCCCGGCAGUCGCAGCUGGCUCAGGAUGAGCGCGUGUCCCGUUCAUAUCUUGCCCUGGCAACAGAAACUGUUGAUAUGUUCCAUAUCCUUACCAAGCAGGUCCAAAAGCCUUUUCUCAGACCUGAACUUGGACCACGACUGGCUGCUAUGUUGAACUUUAACUUACAGCAACUGUGUGGCCCCAAGUGCCGUGACCUGAAAGUUGAAAACCCAGAGAAAUAUGGGUUUGAACCAAAGAAGCUGUUGGACCAACUGACUGACAUUUAUCUGCAGCUGGAUUGUGCUCGGUUUGCUAAAGCAAUUGCUGAUGAUCAGAGGUCCUACAGUAAAGAGCUCUUUGAGGAGGUUAUCUCCAAGAUGAGGAAGGCUGGAAUCAAGUCUACCAUAGCAAUAGAGAAAUUCAAACUGCUGGCAGAGAAAGUGGAGGAAAUUGUUGCCAAGAACGCCCGUGCAGAGAUUGAUUACAGCGAUGCUCCAGAUGAAUUCAGAGAUCCGCUGAUGGACACUCUGAUGACCGACCCCGUGAGGCUGCCCUCCGGAACCAUCAUGGACAGGUCGAUCAUCCUGAGGCACCUGCUGAACUCCUCCACUGAUCCUUUCAACCGGCAGACGCUGACGGAAAAUAUGCUGGAACCAGUGCCAGAACUUAAAGAGCAAAUCCAAGCCUGGAUGAGAGACAAGCAGAAUGACCAUUAAAAUUCCCUUGCAGUGCACGCCACCACCAAUGGGCAGAGCAGGGCGUGGGCUGUUCUGGCAGGAGUGGAGCAGACACACCUGGGAGCUGUUGAUGGAUUGGCACGCCCAUGGCACUCACUCGCAGUAGUGACCACAGGAGCACGUGGACGAGGAGAAAAGCAGCUUAAUUCUUGUACAUAUAUUUAAGUGAUAACGAUGGUCAAUAACAUGGAGGACAAGCUAGGAAGUUACUUAUGUUACAAAACUGUCCUUCAAUAUGUCACAUUUUGGAGUUUUUACAGCUGAAUUAUUUUAGCAAAGACGAAUGGAUCAGGGCAGCAUCCCUUCAACCUUGUUUUUUACCGCCAGAUAUCCGUUAAUUUGAUUGUGGUUAGAACCUUGGACAUUUUGCUGCUAAAGUAACUUUUUUCUCUUUCCCUUCCUUUCUUUCUGUUCCACCCAUCAAACCUGCACUGCUCUCUUUUCCUUCUGUAAUGCAAAAAAAUACAAACCCUGUGAAAAUCAAAAUCAUUCCCCUGCCCUUAAAAGAACAUAUUUUGUGCGAUAACUGUGCCUGCAACAAAGUGUUCAUCUUGGGAUCGUAUUUUUAUAUUACACAUAUUUGCCUAUUUGGUUUUUAAUUGGUGUUAGACACAAGGAUAAUUUCAAAAAAGCGAAGACUUCGCACGUGGAUUUUAAUUUCCUUUCCUUGAGAUGUCCCUUUCCUUUAUGUUGAUCAGGAUGCUCUGGUACUUGUGAAAAGCCUUGAGAUAGAAAUGUGUUAAAACAUUUCUCAUUCUGCCAUGAAUGAGAUGCUUGGGAAUACCAGGAUUUCAGUGACUUUAAAAAAAAUAAAAUCCAUUCUUUCAAUGCUGCAGAUCAAUGCUAACUGACAGUUCUGAGCCAUUCUGAGCUUGUCCACAGAGAGCAGAUACUUUUAUCCUUGGAGGCUGCAGUUUGAGGCAGGGGUCAUUUUUUAUGUUGCGUACCAAUUUGUAUCCAUGGCUUGGCCUUACCAAAGCAGAAAGGGUGCAGGAAAUGUAGAAUUACGUUUUUAAAAAAAAAAAAAAAAAUUCACAAACAUUUUUAUAUUACUGCCCCCUGCAUAUGAUACUUGAAUUUCCUUUUUAAAAAGGAUUUGAAACCACAGUGUUUUAAAAUUAAGUUGGUAAAAAAAAGGUUGUUUUUCUUUUUCUUUUAUUUGUUUUUCGCCAUGUCUUCUGUUCAAUUCCUGACUCUCUUGAACUACAAUAAAUGAUACACACUCGCA